AUGGUGGCGAACGGAUGGCUUGGCUUUAUACGUUGCAAGGUUUGCUACGUGGGCGGAUGGGCGGAGGGUUUUUCUCCCCCGACCGGUGCGAUGAGGGGACGGACUAGACUGUAUUCAUCAUCUCGGGCUUACGAGGCUGUGAGGGAUCAGCCUUUUACAGAUCCCACGCUGAUCAUGAUGUCUUCCGGUACUGGUACCGUACGGCGUCCUGCAGGCUUACCUUUCCAAGCAGCAUUGUUUCACCCUCCCAUUGAAGGGCUGGAGCCAAGUCUAAAGACCCUUUCUUCCAUCAGCGUCGGGCGGUUAUUAAUACGGUUUCCCGAAUUCAAUUCCAAUCUGAUACCGGAGGCUGGUCAUGCUGGGGUUCGCUUAUCCCACGCUACGGCCUGCUCAAGCUUCUAUGUCACACAUAGCAGUCGCCCCCAUUAUGCGUGGGGUCUAUUUUUUACGUUCAAAGAUCCGACGAAAGUCCGAACGGACCGUUGCGAAAGCCCGGGCGGUGGUGUGUUACUCAAGCCUGUGAAUUUCAUGCCUAUAUACAGACUAGUCAGCGUAGAUGUGCGUCUGACCCCUGUACAUCUGGGGCAAAUGCUACAUAGACGUCUGAACAGUCCCUAG